AUGAGCACAGAUUCAUCAUCUUUAUCAGUAACUAAUUCAAUAUUAGCAUCACCAUCAUCAACAAAUGCACCAAUAUCUACCUCUCCAUCGUCUUCAUCAACUACACCUAAACGAAUUCUUAAGCCAAAAAGGAGCUUGGUCUGGAGGUAUUUUAAUACAAUCAAUCAUGAUGAAUUGCAUGUUGAGUGCGUCUUGUGUUCAUCCAUCAUUAUUCGUAAAUCAACAUCUACUUCGAAUUUAUUACAUCACAUGCAAACUCAACAUAAUUCUGAAUAUCAGAAUAUAAAUAAAUCGAUGAAAUCAAAAUCACAAAUGCCAACAACUGCAUCAACACCAAGAUUACCAUUAUCAAGUGAACGAUCUGUACAUUUAACCAAAUUAAUUGCAGAUUUUAUCAUUUAUAAUUAUCUUCCUUUAUCAAUUGUCGAAAGUCCUCAACUACAAGUAAUUUUUCAAGAAGCUGAACCAUCAUAUGUUAUUCCUAAACGAAAAUAUUUCGUAAAUAAGAUUUUUCAAGAUAUGUAUUCUGAAAUUCAACAAAAUGUUUAUAAUGAAUUACAAUUAGCACCUGGUAUUUGUUUAACAACAGAUAUCUGGACAUCUCAAGCUAAUCAAGCUUAUAUGACUGUUACGGCUCAUUUUGUUGAUUUAAAAAACAACAAAAUUAAAAAUUUCGUGCUGGAAACUAAAGAAUUUUCUGGAAAUCAUACAGCUGAACGGAUCGUCGAACGAUUAAAUAAUAUAUGUAUCGAUUGGUCAAUUAGUGACAAAAUUGUUUGUUUAGUUACUGAUACAUGUAAUACUAUGAGAAAGGUUGGAAAAGAUUUUGGAAAAGGUUGGAUCGGUUGUACUGAUCAUCUUAUUAAUUUGUCUGUAAAUGAUGUUAUUCGAAAACUUGAUGAAGUAAAAACUAUGCUGGCAACAGUGCGAUAUAUUGUCACGUUCACCAGAGAAACUCAUUUAGCAAUUGAAAUGCUAAACAAAUAUCAAAAAUCAUUUGGUUUUAUUGAACGAAACUUAAUUUUUGAUGUCAAAACGAGGUGGAAUAGCACGUUUUACAUGCUUCAACGAUUUAUUGAAGAAAAAAAUUGUGUAACAGCAUGUUUAAAUGAGAGAUUAUUCCAAAAACAUUUUAUUAAUGCUAAAGUUUCGAAAGUGGUAGAAUGGGAUGGUUUAGAUCAAUUAAUGAAUACAUUGGAACCUUUCGAAGCAGCUACACGUAAAUUAGCAUCUGAUUCAUCACCAACAAUAUCAAUUGUUUUACCUGUUAUUACAACUUUGCUUACAAGUCUUGAAUAUCGAGAUGCUGAUUCUUCUUUUCAGAAGAAAGUUAAAGAUAAUUUACGUUUGAGUAUUCAAGAAAGAUUUGAAGAACUUUAUCAAGAUAAACUGAUUUUAUUAUGUACAGUGUUGGAUCCACGUUGGAAAGAUUUUUCGUUCCUUAAUCGUUCAUUGUAUCAAAGUCAUAAUGAAACAUUAUUUGUAUUAAAUCAAUUACAAGCAUUUGAUGCUAGAAAUCUUGGAUACUUAUUCUUACAGGAACAAUUUAAUACUUUAUUUGGAAACACCUCAACUGCAUCUCAAUCAAAUGUUCAACAACCUGAACAAAAAAAGAAAGAAUUUGAUCUAUUCGACAUUAUGAUAACAAAUAAUAUCGUUAUACCAACAAAUAGUCGUGAUGGUGAAUUAUUGAUAUAUGAAAAUGAACGAGAAAUUCAUCGAAAUGAAAACCCUCUCGAAUGGUGGAAUGCUAAUCAAACAAAAUUUCCUACAUUAUCAAAAUUAGCAUUCAAAUAUUUAUGUAUUGUUGGUACAAGUGCACCAUCAGAACGAAUGUUUUCAGCAACUGGUCACUUGACUUCGGACAGACGUUCGAGAUUAACGCCAGAAAAUGCUGAUAUUUUGCUAUUCUUAAAUAAAAAUAGUUAA